AUGAAUUAAAAGAAUACAAAGAAAAUGGACAAUUAAGUCUCCGGAAAAACGUGGAAACACUGUUUCUAAGAUAAAUUAUUGACAAUUUUUCAGAGAGAUUUAUAAUUAAUGUCACUGAAACCGACAAUGAUUUUUUUAUCUGAUGAUGAAUAAAAACAAAUUUUGUAAUAAGCGAAGUUUUUUAUUUUUAUUACCUAACCAUAUUAUGUUAUAUAUUGUUAUAUUUUAUACAUCUAUAGUUUAUUUACAUAUUUACAUUUUACAUGAUGUAUUGUAAAUAGGACAGUCUUAAAAGUUUCGUCGCAAUUUUUUUCUCCAUGUUUAAAAUACUCGGUAUUGAGUAUAGGUAGAUACUAUAGGAACAUAGUAGUCGAAAACUCGUUGGUAUGCAUAAAGCACGGCUAAAAUUCGAACCCCUUACCCGAUAUCGGCAGUUCGGCACACUAACUAUUCACUAGACUAGACAAUCGAGACAGUUCCAUUAAUUCAGGAGUUUUUUCAAUUAUUCACUUUGUCCCAACACUAUUUUUAUUUCAUCAAAUACUGACAACACAGUAAACGUCAGUCGUCUAAUUAAAAAUAGAACUAUAAUGUCAAAAAAAAUAAUGUUAAUUAUUUUAUUAAUUAAUAUUUGAUAUCUCUUUAUUUUUUUGUUAUCGUCAUCUAAUCUUACUCAGUUAUUCUUAUCUAGUAUUCUCAUUAUUUAUUCUACAGUUUAUACUUUUUCAUACAGAACAUUUUAUUCUUUUUAUUGUGACUUGUACAUGUAUGUACCUAAUAGUUAAUUUUGCUGAAAUAUAUCAAUUACACCAUUGAACGUCAUGGAGCUUUCUGAUCGGUUCGAUCCAUCUAUAUUAAGGAAUGUUUACAUUAAUAAAAACAGCGUAGAUUCGCAAGUAAAACAAAUAAUAAGGAACACCCCAGUUGCAUACGACAUGGAAUGGUUACUCAAAGCUGUGACCGUUAUAGAUCUAACCACACUCUCUGGAGAUGACACUAAAUCCAAUGUUAGAAGACUAUGCCUCAAGGCGGCAAAACCACUACCUGACGCAUUACUUAAAAAAUUAGAAGUUGAAGACCAGAUUUUAAGAACAGCAGCAGUUUGUGUAUAUCCCAGUCGAAUAAAAGAUGCUUAUUCAACUAUCCACCAUAUGGGUCUCUCAAAGGAGAUCUUGAUUGCUUCUGUUGCAACAGGAUUCCCAUCUGGCCUCUACCCAAUAGAUUCAAGACUAGAUGAAAUAAAAGCUGCUAUUUCCAAUGGAGCCACAGAAAUAGAUAUAGUAGUUGAUCGCAGUUUAAUACUUACGGGAGAAUGGGAAACAUUGUUUGAUGAACUGCAGCUCAUGAAAACGGCAUGUGGAAAUGCACAUAUGAAAGUCAUUCUUGGAGUUGGCGAACUUGGAUGUUAUGAAAAUGUAUACAAAGCUUCUAUGGUGGCAAUGUAUGCUGGAGCUGAUUUUAUAAAGACGUCUACAGGAAAAGAGACAGUGAACGCCACUCUUCCAGUUGGGCUCAUAAUGUGUCGCGCUAUUCGUCACUUUUACCAACAAACUCGUAUUAAGGUGGGACUUAAGGCAGCCGGUGGAAUAAAAACGGCCGAGGAUGCUAUCAAUUGGCUCGUCUUGGUAUACAAUGAAUUGGGUGCAGAAUGGCUCACUCCAAAAUUAUUUCGUAUUGGCGCCUCUAGUCUGGUCGAUAAUAUCGAAAACUAUUUUCUUAAUGAAAUAUGGAAAUGGUAAAUAAUCUAUAAUGUAUAUAUCAUGGCCAAAUUAUAUAAUAUUUUAUCUAUUGUCAUAAAGUAGUAAACUAAUUCUUAAAAGGACAAAGGGAUAUAACUUUAGUUUUAUAAGGAAUGUGCCUUAUUAUAUAGAAAUUCGUUACUAUUUUUUUAUAUUUUAUAAUGUUUGAAAAUUUAUAUACACCAUUUUUAUAAAUGUAUAAAUAAUGGGAUACAUACAUAUUACAUUAAGGUCAAAAUAUUAGUUUCGUCUUUAAUAAAUUUAAGUGAUCCCGAAAUCACUUAAAUUUGUAUUUUUUGUGUUAUUCAUUAUUAACAGAGGUCAUAUAUAUAGGACUACGAAAGCGUAAUUUAAAUAAAAAAUAUCAGAAUGACUAACAACAGUACGCAUAUUUCUAUGGAAUUAAUGACAUUGCACAUACAUUCCUUGUAGAGAACAUGGGUAGGAAUUUACGAAAAAAAAUACAUAAGGUAUUAAGAAAAUGUACUGAUGAAACGUUUCUUUGCUGUAAGUUAUAGUCAUUAUGCAUAUCAAAUAUUCAAAAUUCAAAUUACGUGUUAGACGAAACGCCAUUAUAUGAAGACUGAAAGGACAUCUGUUAUUAUUGUACUUUGAUAAAGAUUAAUGCUAAAUUAGCUGAAUAGCAAAUAAGAUAUUCAGCUGAUUGUUAUGUUCAUAUAAUAUUAGAGAUCGCAAAUAUUAUAAUGCCUAUGCUGCGUUUUGUAUUAGACUAGAAGCAUGAUAUUGUUUCAUCAUUAAUUUAUCAAUCUAUUGACGUAGGUACUUACGACGACUUCUAUACUGUUAUUUUAAUAUUAUAAUGUACAGUAAAAUAUAAAACUUAUAUUUUGAAUAGGUCAGUCAACAAUGCACAGGCAAGUUUUAACCAAAUCCAUAGACAAUAUGAUGCAUAGCGUUACGGUAAACUCUGUGCAAUGUCGUCUGCGUCAGUACCUAAGUCUCACAUCGGUAAAUAAAAACCUCACGGUUCUAAUAAGGUUUGAUUUUAAAUGAAGAGUAACGAAACUUUUAUUUACUUUAGCAUUCUGUGGAAGACCGUUAAAAGCAAAAUCAACUUGGUAACGCGUUCUACAUUUUGUACAACGCCAUCUAGUGUGCCCUAAGUAACAAACGAAGUCGUCUAUUAUAUUUUAAAAAUGAAUAUUCGUAAAAGUAAACCUAAAAUUAUAAUUUACCAAUUACAUAAAAGAAUCACGUAUGGGUUGACUGUUUGUUUCUAAUAAUUAUUGAUGUGACACAUGUAAUGUGGCGGGACUGUGUGUCUCCAUGGUAUAUGGUAUAAUCUUUCUUUUUUUAAUGGCACGAUGGUGACAGUCAAGCAUAUGCCCAAAAAACCAAAUUUCAUGUUGAUUUUUUUUUUAAUUUCUAAAUUUAUUAUUUUUAUUAAUUAAGAAGACAAAUAUUGUAUCCAAUAUUAUAAUUAUUCCAAAAAAUUGUUAAUACGUUUUUAUUUUAUACGGGUAAUAAAUA